CAAGAUGCAGAAUUGCUGUGGAAUGCGCCGGUUGACAGGAGAAAUGAGAAUCUUGUGGAUUGGGGGGAACUACUGCGGUAGAGACUCGAGACACGAGCAGAGGACGGGAAGAGACGAGGUAGGCGGAAGAAGGAGCGAGUGAGCCAGUGACCGACCGAGCGGCCGGCCGACGAGGCGAUUUGGAGUGGAGGAUCUGUGAUGGGGUCGGCUGCAGCAGCUGCAGGGCAGACGCUGCGAAUCUGGAGGGGAUUGGCCAUUUUUUUGUUCGUGGCGUUGGGGCUGCAAUGGGCCGAGGGAUUGACCAUGACGGUGAUCGAUGUCGAGUGCGUUUAUCAAUACGUGGAGCACGAUCAUGACCUUGUGUCCGGGAACUUUGUGGUUGUGGAGAAGAACAGUGAUUGGUAUUCGGAAGCCGACGAUGUGGAGAUGGUGGUUACAGGGCCGACGGGUGGAACAAUGAUGACUGCGAAAGCUAGUGGAGGGCAAAAGUUUUCGUUUCGAGCAGGAAGACGGGGUCACUACAAAUUCUGUUUUCACAAUCCUACAUCAGCACCAGAAGACAUUUCAUUCUCGAUUCACGUCGGUCACAUUCCUGUAGCCUCAGAUGUUGCCAAAGACGAGCAUUUCAACCCUGUAGAGACAAAAAUUGCACAGCUGAAGGAAGCAUUGGAGAGCAUAUCGCUCGAACAAAAUUACUUGAGACGAAGAGAUGUCCGACACAAAAAGACGAACGAAAGUACACAAAGAAGGUUGCUAUGGUACACAGUGAUGGAAUAUGUGGCUUUGAUCGCAGUUAGUAUAGCUCAAGUGUACCUUAUCCAACGGCUUUUUAGCAAGAGAAUAGGAUACAACAAGUUUUGAAACUCUGUAGUGGAUCCGUUUAGAGAACUUUAGUUGGAGUUGCCCCCUUGUUCAGGAGAGCCUCCUGAGGCCGUUAUACCAUUAGUCAAGCUCAUUCAGGAAAAAGUUUUAUUUCACUUACCUAGGGAGUCCCACAAGGCCAAUAAACGCCAAACGUUUUACGAACUUUUGCUAAUCUUUCCUUUAGAGAAACUUCAAGAGCAUACAAUUGAACAUUGUUUGGAAACAAAAGGCAUGAAUUUGUGGAAACAUAAUUAUCAAACAUGAAUAACCUGC